GCUAUGUGUCACUCUGAACAGAUGAGUGGGGUCUAAUGUGGUGUCCCAGCGUGCUGUGAUUGGACGGUCCCUCCAGUCGUUACCAGGGGCGUGGAGCCAAGCGAGCAGCUGAAUGGGAAACACAUUUGUGAGCCUUACCGUUGUAUUAACCUAAUGGGUAGCAAGCGAAAAACUGUUGUCCACUUAAAUUAAUUACCGAGGGGAGGUAGUCACACAGAAAUCUCCCGUGUCUUAAAGCGGCCUUUCUGGUGUUUAACUACUCGCUCCGCAUACAGCAGGCACCAUGGAGAGGCAUCGUGAGCUGCUGUAGCUGCACCCGAGGAAAAGGAUGCGAGGAUUUAAAAGGACAUAAAUACAACAUAUUCGUCUUUUUUCAUCGUCAAUAUGGGGUUUUUGAUCACUUAGCAAAGAUUGAGCUGGACCCGGAUUUGUUUGCUACCCUUGGGGUUGCCUGUUUACGUGAAAACGUGGACACUAUGCAGAUAGGGCGUUUUAAAGUGCACCUUUGAAACGCAAUGGACAGUCUGCUAACGUUAGCGGGGCUUUUCUAACAUCUGACAGGUCCGUAUGUGUCGUGGAAAGCUAACGAGAGUGUAGCCGAGGUUGUUUGGUCGCUUUUUAAACCUAGAUCUUUAUAUCGGAUGCAAUCUCGUCUAUCAUCCAUCCCACUGUCGUUAGGGGCCUCGGCUGGCAAACUGCGUCACCGAGUGGGCGCUGCAGGUAUUCAUCUCUAGCUCUGCACGUUGGGAAGUCUAGCCAUGGCACGAAUGAACUGGAAACCAAAGUGACUGAACUUUUGAAAUCACCAUGGAGCCUAAUUCAUACUCAGAGGUCCACCAAGAAUUACAAUACCCCUCUGUAUCCAACUCUCAGCGUGAACUGGCCCCAAAUAUGUAUGAGACCAUGGGUGAUGGCAAAGUCAACCAUGUGGACUCAGUAGGGAGGGGGGUGAGUGACCCCAGUGCGUCCAGUUAUCAAAGGAAUGUGCAUCAGAGAUUUAUCAGGAGGAGUCUGUGGUUCUCGGACGCAGAUGAGCAGACCUUUGAAGCACCUGAAUGUGAUAACAGGAAUAAGAUCCUAAACAUAAACCUGCGGACAAUAGUGGACAGGACGCGGGGGACCAGUGGGAUACAGGAAGGUUCCAGCACUGAAAGUCAAGGUGGGCAUAAAGACAGUGCAACAGAAAGUGCCAGUGCGGAUGAGGAGAAGGAGAAAGGUGGAGAUUCCUUAAAUCCCACAUGCAAUGGUGGUGGUAAAGCUGUUAUCAAGGCAUCCAGUGAGGAGAACGAGGAGGAGGCAGAGAUGAAAGCAGUCUCCACAUCUCCAGGAGGAAGAUUCCUGAAGUUUGACAUAGAGCUGGGGAGAGGUUCCUUCAAGACUGUCUACAAGGGCCUGGAUACGGAGACCUGGGUGGAAGUUGCCUGGUGUGAGCUGCAGGAUCGCAAGCUGUCUAAAGUGGAACGUCAGCGCUUCAAGGAGGAGGCAGAGAUGUUGAAGGGUCUUCAACAUCCUAACAUCGUCCGUUUCUAUGACUUUUGGGAGUGUCCCCUUAAAGGGAAGAAGUGCAUUGUCUUAGUAACGGAGCUCAUGACGUCAGGAACGCUCAAAACCUAUCUGAAGCGUUUCAAGGUAAUGAAGCCAAAGGUUCUGAGGAGCUGGUGCAGGCAGAUCCUGAAAGGCCUUCACUUUCUCCACACCAGGACCCCUCCCAUCAUCCACAGGGACCUUAAAUGUGACAACAUUUUUAUCACUGGACCUACAGGCUCGGUCAAAAUAGGAGAUUUAGGGCUGGCAACACUUAAGGCGGCUUCCUUUGCUAAGAGCGUCAUAGGCACCCCAGAGUUCAUGGCUCCGGAGAUGUACGAGGAACACUACGAUGAGGCUGUGGAUGUGUACGCCUUCGGCAUGUGUAUGCUGGAGAUGGCCACUUCAGAGUAUCCCUACUCCGAGUGUCAGAAUGCUGCUCAGAUAUACCGCAAAGUCACUAGUGGAGUGAAGCCAGCCAGCUACAACAAGGUCAUGGACCCUGAAAUCAAGGAGAUUAUUGGGGAGUGUAUCUGCCAAAAGAAAGAGGAGCGGUACACCAUCAAGGAGCUGCUGAACCAUGCCUUCUUUGCUGAGGACACAGGUGUUAGGGUGGAGCUAGCUGAGGACGAUGAUGGGAAAAAGGACUCGAUAGCCCUUAAACUUUGGGUGGAGGACCACAAGAAACUAAAAGGAAAAUACAAGGAGACUGGUGCCAUCGAGUUCAUGUUUGACCUGGAAAAGGACGUCCCUGAGGUCGUGGCACAAGAGAUGGUGGAGUCUGGCUUCUUCCAUGAGAGUGAUGCUAAGACUGUGGGAAAGUCGAUCAGGGACCGUGUGGCACUGAUUAAAUGGAGAAGAGAGAGAACCGUGUCUGCUGCGGCCGCGGCGGACCUAGCUGACGCGGGUCAGCGGGUUCAGAUGACUCCGUCUCAAGGCAUCUCCGCUGGGGUAGCACAUGUAGGGCAGCCUUUGCUAGAGCCAGAAGAGCCAGAGGCAGACCAGCACAACAGGCUGCGUAACCUACCAGCCAGUGCAACCUCAGUGACAUCAGACAGCACACUGGAUAGUGGCAUGGGCUCCACCGUCUACUCAGACUCCCACAGCAGCCAGCAGAGUGUCCUCUACCAGUCCCUGCUGGAGCCUAUUACUAUGGCAACGCAGCAGUGCCAGAGCGGCAGCCCUCCUCUAACAGAUCAUCCACACUCCUGUGAAAAGGGGGAAGUAUGGGGGGCCACACUGAGCCCAGAUCUCAGGACUCGUUUGGGAGCUACAACCCGGAGAGGAAGUGCUCCUGUUCUUGACAGUCAAAGGGCAAACCAGAUUGCCCAACUGCAUGCCCUCAUUCAGUCGCAGAGAUCUGUAAGCCCCACCCCCACAGUACCAGAGGUCCGGUUGGAGCUCAGCCCCCCUGAUCUUCACUCAGAGGCUAAGGAUGGGUUCCCCUCCCUGAGUGCUCUGCCCGUACUAUCUGUCCCUUCACACAAUGAGUGCCGUCGCUUUAGUGACACCAGCAUCUUACCACUACCAGUGUCCACCAGUGAGAACUCAACACAGCCUGUGCGGGGGGGACGCAGACACUCUGACCUCAGUAGUCUUCUGAGUCUGACCUCUCAUCAUAAUCACCAGCUGGCAAUGCAAAGAGGCCAGGUGUGCCAGGCCUGCCUCUCUUUGCUUCUCCUAAGGUCAAGAGAAGGGAGCUACCACCGCCCUUCUGUUGCCAUGCCACACCACCACUGUCCAUGUGACUUUAGACAAACCCUUAGUCAUGGGCGGCUGAAAGGUUUUGGUGAUUCCUCUGAUUUCUCACUACUGCAGCAGUCACUGUUCAACAUAAUAAGCCGCAAAGCAGCCCCGUGUCACACCACACACACCCAAGCCACCAUGCUGCACCCCUCAGCUGCCCACAGGAUGGCCAGCAGUGACGGAGACUGCAGCCUGAAGCGCCAUCUCCUUAGUGGCACUCUGGUUGGGGACAGAGAACCCCUCCAGGACACUGAUACCAGGGCUUUAGGAGUGGCCAGUUCAGCAGGUCACCAGAAUCAACCAUCUGUACAGGGCGUGCCAUCAUCCAGCACAGCAGUGCACGCACCACAGCAGUACCUCCAGCCUGGACACAGUUACCCUGCUCCUCCAUAUGUUGGCCAACACACUGCUGCAGCCCCGGCUCAAGCUGCUCAAUGUUCAGUCAACCUGCAGCAUACAGCCAGUGCUGCUAACUACACACCUCAAAGUGUGCAACAGACUCAAGUGGCAGCAAACAUUUUAGCAUCAGCUGUGCCACAACAUAUUGCACAAAGCUACCAAGCACCAGGACACCACCACCAACAGCAGCAGCAGCAGCAGCAGCAGCAGCAGCAGGCGACAGCGGCUUUGACUUUCCCUUUGAAAGUCCAACAGACUUGUCAGAACUGUGUAGCCCAACCUCAACAACAGGCUCUCUCUGCGUCAGGAUAUCACCACCCUAACCCUGUUUUUUUUCUUCCCUCCCUUUUUUUUAUGAGUUUUUAA